AUGUCGUAUAUGUUGUUCAGGUUAUUAUCGUUGCCAGCAAAGUCCAAAGGGUUCACCACCUACCAGCACACAGUCAUCGAUGGGGGGUCUCGGGAUCGUGUCAAGGGAAAGUCGGUAGAAAAGGAUGGUCCGCUGACGGUGCAAAUACAUGAUUUUGUAGCCGGAGUACAGGACAGGGCCGCAUAUGACAAUUCGCUUGCGAGAGUCAAGCACUGCUUAAAAGUUAUGUUGACGAAAGGAUCAAAAGAACUUCUCCCGACGACGUACGAAGGUGUCUACAACGAUUGUCGUGUAGUGGUCUGUGCGGGCACAAAGGGAGCGGUUCUCUAUAAUGCCUUGGUCAUAGAACUCGACCGAUCCUGCUGUAACUUGCGCUAUGAACUAGUAAAGGCGACAGAAGAUGGCGAUUCCCUCGAAUGGUUGAAUCGCUUCGUACAAGUCUGUGCAUGGUUCGAAGGACAAGUCAUGCUUGUACGCGCGUUACUGGCGUAUCUCGAUCGCGUGUAUGUUCUCAAGAAUACGGGGCUUCUGAAUAUACACGAUCUCGCUUUCACAUCUUUCAAACGACAUGUUCUUGACUAUACGACCAUCAUCGACCCCAUUCAGACGGGCGUGCGUGACUGGUUAUCUUGGGAGAGAAACGAUGGAACUCUCAGCAGGGAAAAUCCUCGUCGCGCAUAUGUCCAGGACCUCGUGUCACAUCUCGUCAAUCACAGCGUUUACGCUGUCGUUUUCGAGAGGUUCGUGGGUGAACAGACUCUAGCAUAUUUUUCAGAGGAAGCCGAAAAGAAGAUUCAUCAAGAGGGUUUCACCCCGGAAAGGUUUCUCGAGCACACAGCGCGGCGUGUUGCAGAGGAACGCACGAGAGCACUGGUGGUUUUUCAGACAACGACAGUGGCUCUGGUAGAGCGUGCUACGAGGCGCGGACUCCUGGAAGGAAGGCUGGAUUGGCUUGCGGCUGGGGCUAUCGACCCCCUUAUGAAAGCUAGAGGAACCGACCGACUCGACACGGCAUACACGGAAUUUGCAGCUAUGGAGGGACUCAAUAUACUCUGUCGGGAGUUCAAGAUAUAUGUACAGAAUGUCGUGGCGAACAUCAUUAAAGACACUGAUCACGAGGACGUAAUGAUCGAAAAGUUGCUAGAGUUCAAAACCUUCUGUGAAGGAGCACUUCAGAACGCAUUCAUUGAUCCUCAAACGAAACAACCAAAUCGAGAAUUUUCCUACGCGCUCACAGACGCAUUCGCAUAUGGGUUCAAGGCACGGAAGAAUAAGCCUGCGGAACUGAUCGCGAAACAUCUGGAUCGACUCAUGCGCCGUGGUCAACGAGACAUGUCGGACGCGGAGUUUGACAAGUUGUUGGAUUCAGUGCUUGGGUUGUAUAGGUACACCGACGACAAAGACGUGUUCAGGACAUUUUAUCAUCGUGCGCUGUCAAGGAGGCUACUGCUGGAGCGUAGUGCAUCGGACGACUUCGAAAAGGCGAUGCUAAAGAAACUGCAAGAGAACUACGAUCCGGAAUUCGGUAUGGGUGACCACAUGUUUAACGACUUGGUGCUUUCGCGGGAUCUCUUGCAUGAAUAUCGCAAUCGCCUCCCAGACGGUGGCUCGCGGCAUAGUCUAUCUGUUAUGGUGUUGCAAAGGAGUUACUGGCCAUUCGCAUCUCGGAAGAAGGACGUCGAUCUCCCGCUCUGGAUGCAAUCCGAACUCGCUGCUUAUGUUGCGUUCUAUAAAAGCAAACACCAAGGACGCAAGCUGGACUGGGAUCAUUCCAUUGGCACAGCUACACUCAAAGCACGGUUCUCACCGGUCACGAAGGAGUUGACGGUCAGCCUGUAUCAAGCAGUCGUGCUUCUUCUCUUCAAUGAAUCUGUGGAGCUCGGGUACAAACAGAUCCUGGAGGCCACCCGGAUGGAUGAGGGAGAGUUGAAGCGUAUAUUGCAGAGUCUUGCCUGUGCGAACAAGAAAGUACUCAAGAAACAACCUGUAGGGAAGGACAUUGACGAGACGGAUGUCUUCUAUUUUAACUCCGAGUUCACGGACCCGCGGGCCAAGGUACAUAUCAAUUCCAUCCAGGCUAAGGAGAACGAAUCGACGCGCACGCAGUCGCAUAUCGAUAGUGACAGAAAGCACUACCUCGACGCUGCUAUCGUGCGAAUCAUGAAAGCAAAGAAAGAGCUGACAUACGAGCAGCUCAAGACACAGACGGUCGAGGCUGUGAAGAGCCAUUUCGUCCCUGAGGUGAGCGUGAUCAAGCAGCGUGUUGCGGGAUUGGUGGAACAAGAGUAUUUGAGGCGGGACGAGGAUGACAUGAAUAGGUACAUUUAUGUUGCUUGAUAUAGGAACAGUGCUUCCCCUUUGUUGUUGUAACAAAUGCAUAGGAAAUUAUUUUUGCAGAUCCUGAGCCCCGUAUGAAAGGUGUUGGUCGAGCUGUUACUGUUCGGAAGUGAGGCCCAAAAUGUUCAUAUCAGUCGGCCAGAUGACAUCGGGAGCGCCACCAUGCCCCGGGCUAGAACCUGGAGGAAUAAUGCUUAUCCAGGGACCCUGCGCUAACAAGUUCACGUACA